GUCUGGUACCGUAUUCUCUUCGACAAAACAACGUGGCAUACACCAAACGGCGCACAGGCAAUGAUGCCUUCCUUGGGACUCGGUUGCGGUCUGGCCGUCGUCAUUUAUUUGUUCGGUGUUGUGAUCGCUUUGCGUAAUCUUGAAGAUAGGUCGAACACGCCGGCAACGGCUUCACAAGGGGCGGAGUUUACAUAUCCAAGCCAUCGCGUUGUUACAGAUAUGUAUUUCGGUGGUCACCGGCUUGCAGAAGUCUUUUUGGACGAAUACGGGUAUAUCCAGUCCUGCAACAUGUUUGGUGAUAGGGCGCUUAUCGGUGAAUUACUUUCAUCUGUACCUGCUUCUGUUGUGGAUCAAGUAGACGAAUAUCAGAUGACCAACGUUGUGCUGCAAUGCACACAGAAGUCUCAGAACGCUAAAGAUUCCUAUUUCCCAAAGCUUCGGGACAAAGGACUUCAAGGAGCCCUCAUGUUUCCAGGAACGAAAUGGUGCGGCGCUGGAAACAUAGCGACCGAGUAUAACGACCUCGGAGUGUCCUGGGAGGCGGACAUGUGUUGCCGGGAGCACGACUCGGCCAGGGAGAGCAUACCGGCAUUUGGAGCGAAGCGCGGAAUAAGGAAGACAAACUGUGAAGCUGAUGAAAAAUUCUUCAACUGUCUACUGAACGCCCAAACGUUUACAGCCUUUUCACUAGGCAUAGGAUACUUCGACAUUUUAAGGACAAAAUGCUACAAGUACGACAACCCAACAAAGUGCGCUGAUAAACACAGGUGGUUCAAGCCGCACAUAAAAGGGUCCUUGUCGUAAAUUUGUGGUAGACAAGUGGAGAGCCAAGCAAUGGCGUGUCUACGACCCACCCAACUUUUUCAAAGCUUAUUUCCUCGACUAAAAUAGGCGUCAAAGAGGUGAAUGAUAUAUGGACUUCAGAAGUGAAAAAAUAAAAGGAACA